UGUGCUCGUGCUUGAAUGAAAGUGAGUCAACGAACGGCAGCCAAACUUCUCGCUUUCAUUAUCACCUCGGACCUGUGCUGGCACAGUGGUUGGCCACUAGCAGUUGACGGAGCCCUGGUGCUCCACCUCGGGGCCCUUGAUGAGUCACUGGUACGCACCCAGGACCUCUAUCUCUGCAUUCGUCCGGAGCCGGAAAGCAACGAACCUCGUCUCUAUGCGGUUUGGCGUGGCGGAACACCUCCGAGUGACCAGUCCCACCAAGCUCCACUACCCCACGUCGCCUCCCCAGUUGUCUACCGUCAAUUGGAUCCCGGCAAAGAUCCAAUUACGCCUCUAGCUGUGGAAAUGCUCGCUGAAGAUUUGCCCACACUGCUGCAGAAUCUACUGGUAGGAAUCGAACGGGCCAUCUAUCGCGUACCGCUAGAGGAGCUAUCAUUUCCCACCGCAGAACGUAAUGCAGCUUCGAUCAGCCAAGAAGUGGACGAUCAUCAGAACAACAACGGUGCACUGGUGAAGGAGCCCUCCGAUCGUCAGGACAAAUACAUCCUGAAUCCUGGCACCCCGAAGAUAGGAUUGAAACGCCGUGAGCUCAUAACCAAGAACAAAGCGGUGAACAACAAAUACGCUCUGAAAAGGAUCACCACUCCGCAGACGGCGGUCAGCAGCAACGGCAACGACACAUUUUCCCCAUCCAAUGGUGGCCAUAACAGCUAUAAUCAAAAUAACACCAACGGCAACAGCUUUGUGAAUCGUAAUGCAGCGCUGGAAAAAAGUGAAAAUACUCAGCAGAUCAACGGUAAUCAGUGUAAUAACGGCUCAGCGGUAGCCGGCGAAGGAACCGCGGCGGAAGGCGGCAGCCGCAGUUUGAAGCUUUGCGACACGGGUGGUAUCGUUGUUGCACUUACCGGCGAAGCUGUAGGCGGCGGAGCAAGCGAUAAUCACCAAUCAGCCAUAUCCACUGACAUCAGCUCGAUGCCAUUAUUCUGCCUCGGUGGAUCAUUUCCCCAUAUUGACAGUGAUGAAGAGAGCGGCGACGAUAUGAAGAAAUGCGAGACAGCACCAUCCCAUCCGCGUGACAUAGUGGCCCCGAGAUCGAUUCAAGAUCUGCCGGAGAAACUCUUAGCGUCAGGAAUUUCGAUACCAGGAACACAUGACCGAUCAGACUCCCCACUGAUCUUCAUCGACGCGGAGAAGGUGCUCACGUCAGGACUCAACUGUUACGAAAUUGCGACCGUUCUGUUGUAUUACAACACGCUACCAAUUCAAAGUCCCUCCCAGUAUUCCAUCCAUCUGUUGCUGAGUGACAGCUCGCAGCUCACAUUCCUCGAAACACUGGACAGCGCGCUCCAACUUCUAAGCGGCCAUCUCAAGUUUGGAUCGAUCUACGUGUCCGGAUCGUACGAUCCCGCGGAUAACAAACACCCACCAAAGGAAUUGAUACACAAUUUGAACGUUCACAUCAAGUAUCUCAACAAUGACACUCUCAAAAACUUCAUCAGCACCGACAAUCUGCCGAUCCGAUGUUCAGGGUUUCAUGUGCACGAUCAACGCGAGUGGGUCGAUUUCUUCCGCACCCUUGAACCAUUGCAAGCCCAGUGCGUGGAAACAGGUCGGAAGCUGGUCGCCGUGCUGAACGACAUCCGCGAAACGGAGGCCCAGGGAGGGUCACCCACGCGCAGACAGCUUCACUCACAACAUCGGGCCCUGAGUCGGGCCCUGAUGGACUCGGAAUUGCAAAAUCUGCGCCGCAAAGGACCAAAUACCAUACAACGACUUCAGGACAAGCUUACAGUUAUCAACAACAAACAAACGCUUAAACAAACCAAAAAUUUAGUUAGAAUCAGUAGUUUAAAUAGUAAUAAUCGUAUUAGCGGUAAUAAUCAGCAGAACGAGGCGCCGGCCAGCGAGAAGGACCUCAUCAAUGCCCGGCUCGCCGAGGUAAUUACCAUCUUCCAGGAGGUCGACCGAGCUGCACGCAAACUGGAGCAGCUGACGGAGCAAAGGAGAGAAAGACUAAGGGAAAUGACAAGACAGCGCACUCUGGACGACGAAAUAAAUGAGGUAAUUUCAUGGAUUCGAAACGAGGGUAGUAAAUUGUUGCAAGGUUUCAACGGAUCAUCCGCCCUGGAAAGUGCCGAAAGCGUGAAACAUUCCAGUCAGGAAUUCGAGAAAUUUUAUUUCACAUCCAUAAAACAUCUGGCGAAAGGAAGAGAUCUAUACGAUGCCUCCGGAGAGUUGGAUAUCCUCAGGGACACCCUAAAACUGUUGAAGGAAAGUGUUGAUCAGCACCAGGAAGAUCUUGAGAAGACCAGAGAGCGACUAGAGGGCGCUGUUCGAUUGUGUAGUUUAAUCGAGGAUCAUGAUCUUGAUACGAAACACGAUGAGUCAACCCAGGCAGAAAUGUUUGUGCUAGCCGAGAAAAUGGAUGUGCCCGUAUUGAUGGAGAAAUUCAAAAACCUGUUACCCGCCAGUAGUUAUCACAAAGAUCCAAACAACUCAACUAUCACUACAACCACGAGUGACAACAUCAGUUUAGAUAUAAGUUUAUCCGACGAAACGAUCACGGCGACAAGCACACCGGAGAAGGGAAAAUUUGGUCAACCGUCUACCGAACUCAACUGCGUAUCGACGAUAGUGGAAAGCAAAGGGAACCGCUGCAAGGCGGAACACAUACACAACCAUCGACAUCACCACGAUGAAGAUGAGGAAGAGCAGUCAAAGAUGGCCGAUUCGGGUCUGGGUGGGUGCGAUCGCUGCGAGGGCAACGAGAAACUCGAGCGAACGUGUUCCUGCCAGAGUCUCAACGACCCGAAGAAUGGAUGUAACAAUGGUGAUGAUUUGGAUGAGGACUGCUUUGAAGGAAUUUCAAAACCUUCCCUAGAUCUACAGAUACCGUUACAGGCGAACGCCCAUUUGUACUGCCACGCAUCGAACUUGCAGUUGGACUACGAGGAGAAUAAUGUGUUUGACCAGAAGACGCAAAAAACGCUUCUAUUGAUCAUGCGCGAGAUGAUUGGAACAGAACGCGACUACGUGCGGUCCCUACAGUACGUAAUCGAAAAUUACACACAGGAGCUUCUACGCGAGGACAUACCGCAAGCCUUACGGGGCCAACGAAACGUCAUAUUCGGCAACAUCGAACGGAUAUGCGAGUUCCACCAGCAGCAUUUUUUGAACGAGCUAGAAAGUUGUGAGCACCACCCACUGAAGGUUGGAAGCGCAUUCCUUCGACACGAGUCCAAAUUUUACCUGUACGCACUGUACAACAAGAACAAACCAAAAAGUGAUUCUCUCAUGAGCGAGAAUGGUACUCAAUUUUUCAAAGCGAAACAAAUAGAGUUAAACGAUAAGAUGGACCUGGCUUCAUAUUUGUUGAAACCGGUUCAGCGAAUGGGCAAGUAUGCCCUUCUUCUGCAACAGCUCAUGAAGGCUUGUGCCACCGCCCAGGAUACGACCAAUCCCGAGAUCCUGGAAGAUUUCGAGCAACUCCAAAAAGCGGAAGAGAUGGUCCGUUUCCAGCUGCGGCAUGGGAAUGAUCUGCUGGCGAUGGAUUCCCUCCGCGAUUGUGACGUUAACGUCAAAGAACAAGGUCGGCUGUUGAGACAAAGUGAGUUUCUUGUAUGGGAAGGAAAGGCCGGAAAGAAAUCUUUGCGCCAGGUGUUUCUCUUCGAAGAGUUGGUCCUGUUCAGCAAGGCCAGACGGUUCCCUGACCGAAAGAACCUCGAUAUUUACAUAUACAAGAACAGCAUUAAAACGUCCGACAUUGGACUGACCGCUCACGUCGGAGAUUCGCCUUACAAGUUUGAAAUUUGGUUUCGUAAACGGAAACCCGGUGACACGUGGACGCUGCAGACGAUGAGUGAGGACGUAAAAAACGCUUGGACCGAAGAGAUAUCGAAAUUGCUUUGGAAACAGGCAAAACGGAAUCGUGAAAUUCGACUGGCUGAAAUGUCCUCGAUGGGAAUCGGAAGUAAGCCGUGCUUGGAUAUACGCCCCAGUCAGGAUCAAAUCAAUGAUCGAUCUAUCAGUAUUUCAUUACUUGGGAAAACCCCAAAGUUACGCAACUCAUUCAUAGGAACUUUACCGGAAUCCAAGGGUUCAAAAAGACCUCAAUCGAUAAUUUCGGUUAGCAGCUCAGAGAGCUCCGGUAGCUCUGUGGCGAGUACUGGCACAGGUUCGACCACGAGCGGGUGCGAAGUCAACGCUGCCAACGGAAGCAACGUCGGCAGCAGUUCUGCAGUUUCAUCCGGCUGCAGUGCUAGCAGUUCUAGCAGCAGUAGCACUACAGCUAGCAUCACCACCUGCAAACGUCUCACACUCAACAUCACCGAUCCGAACGCUCCGGCACCUCUGAAGACUAACUUCAAGAAACAUCAACGCUCGACUACGCUGGUGAGCCAAUGUUCAAUGGAGAGUGGCAUCAUUGCGGAUAUAUCUCUAAGCCCAGACGAGGCCUUGGAACAUCCUGCGUGGCCUCAGCACAAGCAACACACCCUGCUGCGGAAGUCUCACAGUGUAGCAUCCACCAGUCAGGAGCAUAACAACGCUGGACAACAGCUUGGCAACGGGUGCAAUGUAAACAGUCCCACCAUUCCCAAUUCUAGCACCACUAACGCCUCGGACAACACAAUAACUGUCCAUCUCUGAGCAACGUAGAAAUUCACACUCACACUCCGCAGAGUGCCCCCUCUUUUGUACAGAGUAACCAAAUUUAAGCAGUUUACCACAGCAGAACAUCCCCCAUGUCAUUAUUUGAUGUGAAAUGUUAUAGCCUUUGACCCCCUCGUAGCGGAAUGCUUUCAUCAACAUGGCAUUUUAUCCAUUAGAAUUCUUCACGAUUAUAUAAAUUGAGUGUAACUUUGCAGUUUGGCGGAGAAAGGCUAGAAGACACUCCCAGAGAUAAUCGGAGAAAAAUGAACGACUGGAAAAUCAGUAACUGAUGGAUUUAUUAAUCGAUUGAUUUGAUGGAUUUAACGUUGCUAUAAAAUUUCUAAUUUAUAAGAACACAUUGUUUCAUUUUGAUAUAUUGAUUAGAAGAAGAUGAUGAUGAUGAUAAAUUAGUAAACGUUAUUAGCAUUAUUAGAGAGCAGAUCAGAUUUAAUGUAACGCGUUAGGUAUAUGAGAAACUAUGUGAACCUACAAGAAGCCAUUGUUUUGAACCAAUAUUCUUCAUAAGUUAGGAACUAAUCUAAAUUUGAGCGCAGCCUUUCGAGAUCAGCUUUACGGUUAGAGUGCUAUCACAAGACGUCUCCGAGAAUUGCAUACAAUUACGUAUUUCCAUGAUUGACAUUCGUAUAUUCUAUUUUGCCUAUGUAAGAGAUAAUUUAUGAAAAACAUUUUAUAUAUCUAUUGCUUCUGAUGAUUCUUUGACGGAAAUUACUAAUUAAAUUUAUUUUCACUAUUGUGAGUCAAAAUAUGUAUUUGUAUAUUAUUUCGAAUUUAUUGUAUGUAUCGGAACUAAAUCAUAGAUAUA